CUCUUCUUCUUCUCUGCAGCCGCAGAUGCCAUAGUAGGCGCAGGAACAGACCUCCGAAGUCGAGAUGUCUCCAGCCCCAGCGGACGUGUUCUUCUCAUGUGACGGCCCUUGCCCAAGUUGUCGCUCAACGCCCGAUGCCCUUCAUCACUCAUCAUCCCAAGCCUGAAACGCAUUCCACCAUCCCUCAUCCGUCUCGCAUCUGGCCCGGUCAUAGCUGGACUUGGCCUUCCAUCUACCCAUGUUCAACACCCUCCUCAAAAAGGCGUCUGAGUCCUCCUUUGCUGCCUUGGCCAGCGAGGCUCUGGACUCCAGGCCGGGAUCGCCUGCGCCCAAGCGCCCUCCUGGUUCGCCGCUUGCAGGGCAGCAGCAAAACGGCGCGAAUAGCCCUGCUCGAAAGCCAAGGAAUCCUAAUGCGAGGGCAAGCGCUUCCAAUCCACACUCUACCAAUGCCCAACUCUCGUCGCAGCUGGACGAGGCCUAUACUGAUAUCGAAGCCUUUCAAAAGAUGCUUCAGAAAGCUGCUCAGGAAAAAUCAGAGAUCAGCAAGGACGCAGAUCAGCUCCGGGAAGAGAAUGAAUCUUUGAAUGAGGAACUACAGGAAGCGAGAGCUGUUAUCAAGGCGAUGAGGGCAACUCUGGAAGACAAGGCAACGGACGAGUUUUUGUCGCCGAAAUUGACAGCAGAGAAAGGAUCUCAGGAUGUGCAAGGUGAUCGCAUGCCUAACAUCGUAACAGCAUCAGAGGAUCCACUUGGCGCAAUGCCAGUCAAAGAAUCCGAAAAGCCGGACAUAGCUCCGUCCUCAGCAAGUGCAGCGUCGGUGGAGCCGGUACCUGCAACAUCGACAACUUCUCCCGAUACCAAUGCACUGGAAUCAAAACUUAAGGACUUGACACAGCAGCUGUCGGCCAGAACGGGAGAGUGUCAUCAAUUGGAGGAUACUCUCACUCAAAAGACAAGUGAGCUGGGAAAACAAAAGUCAGAUCAUGACGAGAAGAUGAAGAAGAUGAAGGCGAUAUUCGCAGCCGCCAACAAGAACUUGAACGAAUAUCGUCAAUCGAUCGCAGCAAAGGACGAAGAGAUCGCGGAGCUCAAGAAUCGAUUGGAUAACCCGCAGCUGUCGGAAGAACAAAAAGCCGACCAGAACCAGGCAAUCCAGGAGCUGGAAACGGAGCUCCGAACCCAAUCCGAAUUGGCCGGUUCAAAACUUCAGCAGAUGGUACGCCAAAUGGAAGCUGCUGUCACUGAUAUACUUCAUAUGCCGAUCUCGACUCCCCACGUCUCAUUAACUGUUACGAUCUUCUUGAUUCCACAGGAAAGCAAGUACCGGCAAACAAACACACAACUCGAGAAACUCAAAGUGGAGUACCAGCAAUAUAAGCAGCGUGCCAGUGCAUUACUACAACAGCAGCGCGAGGCAGUACAGUCUGACGACGACAAUAAACUGAAAGAAUUGCAAAACCAACUGGAGGUCCUCACGAAAGAGAACAGGCAAGAUCAUUCAACUGCAUCCACAAUGCGUGUAAAACCCAAGCACAUACCUGGAAGAAGUAGUACUCAUAUGUUUAUACUCUUCGUUCACUCAGAUCGAUUGUCAGUGAUCUUCAGGAAGCAGAGUCCAAGAAAUCAGCAUUGGAAGGAGAGUUGCAGUUGGCAAUGGAUCAGAUUGCCAGCCUAGAAUCGAGCCAUGAGAUUAGUCGUCGCCAGGAACGACAACAU